ACGAAGAAUGUGCUGUUUACUUCCUGAAGCUCACAAGCAGUCUUCUGGUAUGGCAAAGAUUUAACACAUGCUAACAUUUAUAAAUGAUAACGCGCGUGUGCUGUCUACAGUUUUACAUCUGGCACACUGUUUUCUCGAUUGUGGGCUCAUUAGGAUGGUGAAACUGAAACAGACCUUAAUCUAAAUGGCUUAAGUUAGCAUUAGCUACAUAGCUGGCCAGUUUACCAUAGAUGGCCAUAAUUUGACUGAGCGAACUGUGCUUAUUCGAAUACCAAGUCGAUCAGUUCUGAUGGAACCGUAUAAAUGCAAAACCAUCUAUAAAUAUCUUAUUAAACUAUUUGGAAUACUUUUUGUGUAGAUAGCAAGCAGCAGUUUUUUAUUCAUAAAGAAUUCUACAUAUGGCUUUAAAUCAAUCUGAAAGCAAUUUUAGAGCCUACUGAGUGUUAUAUCCUAAGGCAAAUCCCAGCCUCCCAGUCAACAAUUAAAACUACAUGAAUUAAUCCAUCUGAGGGACAGCUGAUCCAGUAAGUCAUUCAUCUAGUAUUCGGGUGAAGCUGCUUUAGAUUUUAUAGGCGCCAUGGAGUCCAGUGAAGACGGGGGCUACAGUGUUGGAGGUCCAUCAGGGGAUGAAAACUACUUCCAGGGCUACACCUUCACAGAUCGCUCCCAUUCCAGCCGUGUUGUGAAGAGCAUCAUGGACUUGUGUCUGGAGGAUGGUUUGUUUGCAGAUGUCACCAUCACCGUGGACAGCAAAGAGUUCCAGCUUCACCGCCUGGUGCUUUCUGCACAAAGCUGCUUCUUCAGGUCAAUGUUCACCUCUAACCUUAGAGAAACUUAUGAUCGUAAUAUUGAGCUGAAGGAUGUCAGUGCACCAGUCUUCCAGUCGCUGGUGGACUACAUCUACCAUGGGACGAUCAAACUAAGGGUUGAAGACCUGCAGGACACUUAUGAGAUGGCUGAUAUGUAUCAGCUCACUGCCCUGUUUGAGGAGUGCUCUCGCUUCCUGUCACGAACUGUGGACGUCAAGAACUGCCUCCAGGUGAUGUGGUUGGCAGAUAGACACAGUGACCAGGAGUUGUAUACGGCUGCCAAGCACUGUGCGAAGAUUCACCUGGUUCAGCUGCACCAGACAGAGGAGUUCCUGAACUUGCCAUUGUGCCUUCUCAUAGAUAUCAUUAAAGAUGGUGUGCCAAGCUCACAAAAUCCAACUGCAGCUAUUAAAUCUUGGAUAAAUCACAACAAAGUCGAACGAGAGGAGUAUUCUGAUAUGCUUCUAGAUAGCCUAAAGGAGAUUGGUGAAAAGGUGCACAUAUACUUAAUUGGGAAGGAAGACACACGCACACACUCAUUGGCUGUGUCUCUUCAUUGUGAUGAGGACGACACCAUCAGUGUAAGUGGCCAGAACAGCUUGUGUCACCAGAUCACAGCUGCCUGCAAGCAUGGGGCUGAUCUAUAUGUUGUAGGGGGCUCCAUACCACGACGCAUGUGGAAAUGCAACAUGCACACUAUGGACUGGGAGCGCUGUGCCCCUCUGCCCCGGGACCGUCUGCACCACACGUUAGUGUCUGUGUCCACAGAGGAUGCCAUAUACUCACUGGGAGGCAAGACCCUCCAGGACACUCUCUCCAAUGCUGUCAUUUACUACACAGUACAGGACAACAUAUGGAAAGAAACCACUCAACUAGACACAGCCGUGUCAGGUGCAGCUGGAGUCAAUUUGGGAGGCACCAUUUACCUUUUGGGUGGGGAGGAAAAUGACAUGGACUUCUUUACCAAACCAUCUCGCCUUAUCCAGUGCUUUGACACGGCCACACAGAGGUGUCAUACCAAGCCCUACAUGCUGCCUUUUGCCGGAUGCAUGCAUGCCACUGCCCAUAAGGACCUUAUCUUUGUGGUGGCGGAGGGCGACUCUCUGGUGUGCUAUAACCCACUGCUGGACAGCUUCACUCGGCUGCGCUUCCCUGAAGUAUGGAGCUGCGUGCCAUCUCUAUGGAAAGUGGCCAGCUGUAACGGAUGUAUCUACGUUUUUAGGGACAAAUGCAAGAAAGGUGAGGCAAACACUCUGAAGUUGAAUCCUGCCACGUCGGUUGUCUCGGUAAUCAAGGGAAUCAAAAUCCUCCUCACAAACUGGCAGUUUGUUUUGGCCUGAGAUUUUCAAGUAAUGCGUGGGACCAUGAUAAAUGUACUAUGGUGAUAUCAGUUAUGGUCUGUGAUAUUGAUUCAGUAGACAGCAGUCAUGUAGAAGUUGUUACUGUGAUACAGUGGUACAAGCUUUAUAAUGUCAUGUGAAGUGUUACACAGUAGGACACCGUAAAGUGUUAAUGAAGGCCAAAUGUAAUGUGUGAUGUUUGUCAUUUGCAGUUUACUUGACCAUUGGAGUUUGUCAAGUUUUGGUGAAACCUUCCAACGUGUGGUUCAUUUGGAUUUCAAAAGGGAUUUAUAUUCAUUUUUUUUUUAACUGUUAACAUUCCGCAACAUGCAUCUUUAAUCUAAAUCCACAAGGACUAAUCUGAACACAACACUUACUGAAUUAGCUGAAUACAUAUGCAAUGUAUACAGCUGUGAAUUGGAUAUUGUAACUGCCCUCUAAUGAGUGAUAAUGUGCAAUAUAUGGUGUCUUUCAUGUCUGCCAACAUACUCUGAACAUAAGGAAAUAAUUAUCAGUGCAAAAUAUCCUCAAGACAGCUGACAAAAAUAUUUUAGUACAAUGGUCAAGGGCCAUUUAAGUAACAUUCAUAAUGAAAGUUUGCAAGAAAUGUGCUCAUAUUGCAACUUGUCUAUCUUGCUUUAUGGUAAUUUCCAUGUUGUCAGUUGUCACCUCCAAUCUCUGUUUCUCAGUGUUUUUUUGACUGGACAGGAACUUUAUACCACCUCAAGCUGGUUUAAAAGUUGAAUGCUACAACUGUUUACAUUUUACCUAACCAUGGAGUAUAUGAAAAAGCUGUCCAUUUUUAUGUCUGCCAGAGACACAAGCUUAAUUUUGUUGACUUUUGUGGCUGGUUCAGAUUAUUGUUAGUUACAAUGAUUUGCCUUUUUGAAGUUUAAAAAAAAAAAAUGUCUGUGUUCUACUCUGUACUUGUGCUCAACAUUCUCUUGAAUUAAAAGCUAAAAAUAA